UUUUAUUUUCACGUGAGACAUCAUUGCGAUUCCUUCUGGUAGUAGUCGAGCGUUCGCGAGGGACGUGUUGCGGUGCGAGUGCUCUGCAGCGGAGGCUAACACACCCCACAAUCCUGGUGACGCUGCCCAGCCAAAGGUCAGCCGUAGAUCCGCUACCAGCACGUCUCCUAUCACGUAGCAAAAGUUGUGUGCAUGAUCUGGCCCAAGUACUGGCAGCGAAUGUUCUACAAUGGGCACAAGAGGAAGCACGCCAUGAAGUUUCAAGGGGUAAUUACACCAGACGGGCUAUUUGUGGAUCUGCGGGGCCCCGUGGCGGGGACACGUCAUGACAGCUUCAUUCUAGUNGUGGCGGGGACACGCCAUGACAGCUUUAUUCUAGCGCAGUCUGGGUUGAUGGAGAAGUUGUCGAUGCUAAACAGCCCUACAGGCCAUCCGUACUGUUUGUACGGAGAUCCGGCGUAUGGACUGAGCAACCACCUUGUCUGUCCUUUUAGCGCGUCAAGUGUCGGCCCUCUAACGCCAGAGAUGGCCGACUUCAACAAGCGUAUGAGCCACUGCCGCGUAACGGUGGAGUGGGGAUUCAAAGAGAUGACCGGCAAGUGGGCCUUUGUGAACAUGAAGCCGCAGCAGAAACUUUUGCCAAGCCCUGUCGCCAAGCAGUACCGGGUAGCCACUCUGCUUUCUAACUGGCACUCAUGCAUGAACGGGGGCAACGAGAUUUCGCAAUACUUCGGCGUGGUGCCACCCUUUUUCGAGGAGUACGUAGCGGUGUAAGUGCAAGAUGCACCCACGUUGAGUG